UUACGGGGGCAACUCUACAUGAAGGUGAAGCAAUAAUAAUUUCCAAAUAGUGAGACAGUUUUUGACAUACCCGAGGAAAAUAUAUAAAGAAAAGUUCAGAAUAAUUUAUAUACAUUUAUCUAUAUAUAUAAUUUAAUAAUUAUGGAGGAAGUACGUAGUGGCGACAAAAUUUACGGUGGCUGUGAGGGUCCUGAUGCUAUGUAUGUCAAACUAAUUUCAUCGGAUGGUCAUGAAUUUAUUGUGAAACGUGAACAUGCUUUAACUUCUGGCACUAUCAAGGCUAUGCUCUCCGGUCCUGGUCAAUUUGCUGAAAACGAAGCCAAUGAAGUACAUUUUCGUGAAAUACCCUCUCAUAUUUUGCAAAAAGUCUGCAUUUAUUUCACCUAUAAAGUACGCUACACAAACAGUUCUACAGAAAUACCAGAAUUUCCGAUUGCUCCUGAAAUUGCUUUGGAAUUAUUAAUGGCUGCGAACUUCUUAGAUUGUUAAACCUUUUUAAUUAUUACUUUUUUUUUUAUUUCUUUAAUUUUUGUCUGCUUCUAAAAUAUUUUUUAUAAAAGAUAUACAAACAAAAUAUAUUUAAUAUAAUCGAAAAAUGUGAAAAAUCAUUUUCUCCUCAAAGAAAAAAGCGAUUUUGCCUACGAUCAUGUAUAAUUUAAUUUUGAAAACAAAAAAUUACAACGCUAAACCAAUUGUUAAUGUUUUUAAGUUUAUAUUAAUUUCAAUUGUAACAAAAUCUAUAUAUACAAUCCUUUAAGAUAGUUUUCGUUCUUUAAAUUACUCGAACAAUUUUUAUGUUUGUAAAAAAGAGAAAAUAAAAAAAAU